CGCUUUUCUGGUGGUGCACCAGUUCAGUAUUUCUCCGCAGAAGUGGGGUUAGUGCGUGUUAAAUGGUGGGGUUGCCAGAUAUUUAUUUCAUCAUACGUCCACUUCGAGGGGUGAUGGUGAAUUGAUAGCUUGACACUAACCAACCAGUAUUAAUUCUUCCCCUCCCCCACGUUAAAGAUGCCACAUCCCACAUCUUGUUGAAGUUUGUUCUUGUCCUUCAAUUCAUCACCGUCGAUUAUAAAGAAAACAAUAACUUGACAAACAACAUACCAACAUCAUCAAACAAAAACGCAAUGGCAGACACAAGAUUUAAGCUCAAUACUGGGGCUGAGAUUCCAGCUUUAGGACUCGGUACAUGGCAAUCUGAGCCCGGAGAAGUUGCGAAAGCCGUUUCUUAUGCAUUGUCAAUUGGAUAUAAGCAUAUCGAUUGCGGUAUAUUCUCCUUUACAUCCUCAUGAAUGUGAAUCUUCAGGAACCAAUCGCUAAUGAAACCGCGCAGCAUAUGUUUACGGAAACGAAGAUGAAGUAGGACAAGGUCUCAAGGAGGCUUUCGCAUCCGGAAUCAAGAGAGAAGAUAUCUUCAUCACCACGAAAUUAUGGUGCACAUAUCAUACACGGGUUGAGGAGGCUCUGGAUAAGAGUUUAAAGAGCUUGGGCUUAGACUAUGUCGAUUUAUAUUUGAUGCAUUGGCCCGUUCCCAUGAAUCCAAACGGUUAGAAUAUUUUUCCCGCUUACAUUAAUUACCCCUUCACUUUCCUCGGAUAAUAAAGUCUUCUAACACUUCAGUUCUCAGGAAACCACGAAAAGUUCCCCAAACAUCCUGAUGGAUCCCGCGAUCUUCUGACAGAUUGGUCGCACACUCAAACAUGGCAGGAACUCGAGAAAGUCUCCAAAACCGGCAAGACCAAGGCCAUUGGAGUUUCGAAUUACAGUGUGAAAAACUUGGAGGAAUUAUUCUCUAAAGCUACCAUUACUCCAGCGGUCAACCAAAUCGAGAAUCAUCCUUCAUUGCCACAACAAGAGAUUUACGAUUUGUGCAAGUCAAAGGGAAUUCACAUCACAGCUUACAGUCCUCUUGGAAGUACUGGAAGCCCAUUGUUCACUGCCGCUCCAAUCGUUGAGGUUGCGAAGAAGAGGGAUGUACCACCUGCUUCAGUUUUGCUCAGCUAUCAUGGUAAGAUCACCUCUCCAACACAGUCUUAUAUUGGCGCGAAAAUGCUAACAAACACUAGUCGCUCGAGAAAGUUCUGUUCUCGCAAAGUCCGUCACUCCUGAUAGAAUCAAGGCAAAUAUGAAGAUUGUGAAGUUGGACGAUGCAGACAUGAAGAUCCUAAAUGAUUACUCAGAUGACCUGCAGAAGAACGGAAAACUUAUGCGAUAUGUAUUCCCGCCAUUUGGUGUUGACUUGGGAUUCCCAGAUAGGAAGCCUUAGAGGACGAAACAGAGCCGGUGUCGAAAAAGCUUUCUUAUGGUGUGGCAUGGAUAGGAGAUAAUGGAUCCAUUAAUCGAAGUUAUAGAGCUUAGAUAUAUAGUAGAUAGAGAUUAAAAUAUAAUGGACACCAAUUGAUAAGGUGGAAAUGGGAAGCUCACCUGG